ACUCUCACCCUGACGGUUGGGAAAUGUCAAAGAGAGGCCCGUGCUGCAGUAGGGGGGCGGACAAAAAAAAACAGUUUAUGGCUUUAUUUGAACACAAUUAGUCUAAUUUUCCGUUCUUCUUAAACAAGUGCCAUAACCCAUGGACUAUUAUCAAAAACCGACCCGUGGGCUAUCUGAUCCCUCCAGCACCACCGACAAUUAAUUUGCAGCCUUCACUAUUCUCGGUAGUUUCGUAUCACAAUCCUUGUCAGACAUGAGAGAGAAAAUAAUGCUCCUCCUGAAAAUUAUAAUGCAACCAUCCAGCUCUCCUUUCACCAUGACACCCAGCAGAAGAUUUAGGGAUUUAUGCUUGGAUCCCUACCACUGAUGGCCUGGACUGGGUAAAAACAUUGUGUGUGUAAUGAGUCAAAAUGUUUCAGCUGGCCUGCUGAAGUUAUGGGGAGCUGUUGGAGCUGCCUAUACAGAGACCGCAUCAGAGACAACCAUCUCACCAAAUUUAAGGUAACUAAUGUUGAUGAUGAAGGCAAUGAACUGGGCUCUGGGACCAUGGAGCUCACCCAGACAGAGCUCAUUCUGCACACACGCAAGAGGGAUGCCAUUCGGUGGCCCUACCUCUGUCUGCGCCGCUACGGCUAUGACUCCAACCUCUUUUCUUUUGAGAGUGGAAGGCGUUGCCAAACUGGACAGGGAAUAUUUGCUUUUAAGUGUUCCCGGGCAGAGGAGAUCUUCAACCUGCUCCAGGAGCUAAUGCAGUGCAAUAGCAUCAAUGUGGUGGAAGAGCCUAUGAUGAUGAGUCGCAGUGGCCACACUCCAGAAAUGGACAUUCCCCGCACACCUCAAACCCCCAACACUCCAGCAUUCCCUGUCCAGGGUUUCCCUAAUGGUUACCCUGGAUACCCUAUCCGAGCUGACUCUUCCCAGCCUUCUCUGGCUGACGAUCAUGGCCACAGCCUCAUGGGCCUUGAGGACCAGGCACACACCUACGUGAACACUGUUAGUGUGGAUGGGGACCUCUCCAGUCGACACUGUGUGCACUCCCUACCAGAGGUGCGGCCUAGCUCUUUUCCUGAGCCGGCACGCAGCUCCAUGACUGUGGGGGGGCAAGGAGGUGGCCAGUCCAGCAUGCACUGCUGUCCGUUGGAGGAACGCAAAGAUCCCCAGGUAUUCUUACAGCCUUCCUCACAGGAGGUCAAAUUCAUGUUGGGACCUACUCCAGCCCAACGUCAUCUACUGGAAAGAGAGCGAGAAAGGGAAAGACAUGGGCAUAAUCCCCAUGUUCUGCGGCCAGUAGAGGGUGCAACAGGCUCAGAAACAGAGGGUGACGAGCCUCCUCUGCACAUGUGCAACUCUUAUCAUCACUACCAACACCUCAUGCACCGGCAUCCAAGCCAUGAGCAUCAGGAGGGCUGUCAGGGUAGCCAACUUACCUACGAGAACAUUAACGGCCUGAGUAGGAGUCGCAGGCUGAGACUCAGUCCCAGCAGUGUAUCCCAGUCUGUGGGCUCCAGUAGCAGCAGCAGCACCACUGGAGACAGUCACUCCCACCCCAUGUCCCACCCACACCUCCAUGGCCCCUCAUCAUUGCCUCCGCAGGGCUACCCCUGUGAGCGGGGUAUGGGUGGAGGUCACCGGCGGACAGCUCUGCUCAACUAUGAGAACCUACCCUCCCUGCCCCCAGUGUGGGAAUAUCGUGCUCUGCAGAGGGACGAGGAGCAGGAUGAGGAAGAUGACGAGCAGGAUGAGGAGUAUGAGGAGGAGGAGGAGGACUUUGAUGAGUAUGAGUUUUCAGAAGGUCCCAGCACACCCAAUGGUUACCAUCAGGAUGGCGGGGGGAUCCACCGGGAUGCCCUGCAGAACUACGUCAACACAGAGCAGGUUCAACCACCCCGGCUCCGACACGCCUGCCCCCCACACCCCCAGCCAUGCCAGUCAGACAGAGGAGGGCGAAUAUUCAGCUUUGAUUUUCGCAGAAGAUCUGGGGUAGGGGUGGGAGGGUGCGAGCACGGCCAUAUGCCUCCCUCGGGGCAGCUUAACUACAUCCAGGUGGACUUGGAGGGAGAGCCACCAUGUCAGCCUCAUGGUGUUGGGGGUACCCAACCCCAGCCACAGCACCAGCGCCUACCACCCCUUAAAUGUGGUCCCCAGGCACCCCGACGAAGUGAUUUCUACGCAGUCAUCGACCUGAAGAAAACAGCAGCCAUGUCUAACCUGCAGAAAGCUCUUCCCAGGGACGAUGGGACCUCAAGAAAGACUCGCCACAACAGCACAGACCUGCCUCUGUAAAGGAGGUUGGAGGAAAGGAAAAGAUGAAAGCAAGGAGCAAAUACAGCAAAGAUGAAUGAAGGGAUAGAGGUGAGGUGGGUGGACAGCUUAAGUGGACAAGUUUAGCACACUGGACCCCUCACUGUCAACCACCCAUUCGACUGUCUGGCUGGCUUAUCUACAGUACAGGUACCUAAUUAGAAACUUUCUGAAAACUGUCUGUGCAUAUACCAGUAAUUGAGGAAGCUGUUUGGGGCAUUGCCCUGUUAUUGUCUGUUAUUUGGAUGUAGUGUAAGGCUGUUUAGUUUAACGGCACCCCCUCUGAUUGGCCAGAUUUAUGGUUGUGCUUUAACCUUUGCAUUAAUUUAGAUUUUGCUGUAUAUCUUUCGCCUUAGCUGUGUAUUGGAGGCCCUUGGACAUAAACCAGAGAAAGAUACAGCUUGGUUAUAUCAGCUACCUUGUAUUUACCCAUAAUGCUUUGUAUGAGAUGAAAAGUCACUGCCCAGGAAAUAACUAGAUUUUCCAUUUUUCAUGGACAUUCUUUAUAUUAUUUUUCUACUAUGUAAUUACCCUCGUUAUUGGCCCUAGAUGAAUAUUCUCUUACAUUUACAUUUAGUCAUUUAGCAGACGCUCUUAUCCAGAGCGACUGACAGUAAGUACAGGGACAUUCCC